UAGAUUGCUGCCCCCACAACUCUCGUAUUACUUCGGCCUUUCAGUUCUCUACGCCUAACUUAUCGCUGAUUCAUGGAGGAAGGAAAUCCCCAAAAUGCCCAGCCCGGUGACCGGGUCAAACUCAACGUCGGCGGCAAGCUCUUCGAGACCACCGUCUCUACGCUCCAGUCCGGUGGUUCCGACUCUCUUUUAUCGGCGUUAUCGAACCGGCCUUCCCAUGACGAGCUUUUCAUAGACCGCGACCCGGAAAUCUUCUCCGCCCUCCUCUCUCUCCUCCGGACCAACCGCCUCCCGUCCACCGCCAGACGGUUCUCGAAUCAGGAGCUCAUCGACGAGGCGCUCUAUUACGGCAUCGAGUCGCAACUCAGAUCUGCUCUCGCUCCGAUUCAACUCAGCGGAAUUGACGCUUCACUGUUUACCACCAUUAAACCCUCCUCCGACGGUGUCGUAUCGGACUUCAACGCCAUCGACUCCGAUGGAUCAGUUUGGAUUGCUCACGGUGGUCAGGUAUCGAUCUAUGAUUGGAGUUUGAGUCAUUCCGGAACUGUACGGACACAUCUGGAUUAUAUUAGUUCGAUUCGAACGGUCCGGCCGGAUAUUGCGGCGAUAGGCUCGGAAUUUGAUUCCGGACUUCAUUUCUAUAACUUGGCCAACGGGCGGCGAAUCGGGUCGACGGAGUGGACUGAUCCAUCGGACCCUAGAAUUUACAAGGCGCGGGUCAACGCCAUCGCCGACUCCGACGACUCUGUUUUCGCUUCGUUUCAGUGCCAACACAGAGAGAAUUGCAUUCUCGUGAUCGACAAGUCCACCAUGAAAGUGAGCUCAGAGUUGGGAAGACAAUCCAGUAACUCAGCCAAAACGACCGUCAUCGGAAAGAUGACGUACGUGCCGGAGAUCGGUGCAUUGUUCGGAAGUUCCAUAUCCGCCGGGGCGUUUGGGUAUUCCGGAUACGUGCGGUUAUGGGACCCGAGAUCCGCGGAGGUGGUUUGGGAGACGAACGAGCCAGGCUCGGGCCGUAGCAGCAGGUUCGGAGACCCAUUUGCCGACGUGGGGGUGGACCCAGAGGAUUUGACUCUGUUCAAGAUCUGCUCCAAGUCCGGCGACUUGGCAGUGGCAGACCUUCGGAAAUUAAGCGAUGACCCGUGGGUUUAUUUGAAGGAGAAGAAUCCCAGUAUGAGGUAUACAGGAAAUUGUGAUAGUUUGAGUAGUUUCUUAAUCCAUUGUUACAGAAAACAGGUGUUUGUGGGGAGAGAGGGGGAGUUGGAGGUAUGGUCAAGAAUCGAAGAAGCCCAGAAUGAAGGGGAUUUGUCAGAAGGAAUGUACAGGAGAAACUAUGUGGAUAAAGUGGAUGAUUCAGAAAGAGGGACAAUCAAGAAGAUUGAAGGUGGUGGAGAUAGGCUAUUUGUUACAAGAGAAAAUACUGAGGGGAUUGAGGUCUGGCAAAGUUCCCAUUUUUCUGGUGCAGUCAUGGUUUCUUGAAUGUAUAGUGCUGGGAAUCUGGGAUUGUUUGAUCAUUGAGAAAAUGUUAUCAUGUUCACCAAUCAAGAACAAUGCACAGGGAGGUAGAGUACUAGCUGCUGAUCGAGAUUCUUUGAUCAUUUGUUCACCAAUGUUCCAAGUUUUGUCAAAGAUUAAUCUAUUCAAGAAGGCUGCAGCUUUCUUCCGCCUUUCCUUU